AUGACUGUCAAGCGAAAUAAACGGGCAACAUUUGACUUUUCUGGCGAAAAACCAGAAUGGAAAAAGAUCCUUUACCGCCGACAGCCUUAUCCUGACAAUUAUUCUGGCGGAGAGCGACAGUUUUUAAAGGAACUUCGAAAAAAUGGUUUUUCACCGACUGAUUUUUCAAAAUUGUAACUGUUUUCUCAGUUUCCGUUGUUCAUUACGACUACAAAGAUGCGACGAUUGGAGCAACUCAUCUGAUGUUUCACAUGGACGCUGUUGUUCUCUAUAUCAUCUUAUUUUUAAACGUAUUUUCAAUGAAAUAAGACUCAUUAAGCAAAACUUUUAGGUGCUUCACGAAGUGGUAACGGUUCCUUUCAUUGCAUCGCUUUUUAUGCUCAUACUGCCCCUCUACGUUUUCAAUUGGACCUACCUCAGCGAAAAACCGUCAGACCUGAUUUCGCAACUCAAAACAAUCGCCACUCUUUUGCUUUUCGGUUAUGCAUUCACUCCAGUAAUUAGGUUCGAGCCUUUUUUGAUCGAUAAUGUGAUCUUUCUUUUUAGGACUUUAACAACAACCAUAAGUACGGAUACGAUCUACGCUGUAGCCAUUCUGUCCGCUAUAAUCAGCUGCAUGUUCCACGACUAUGGCGUCAAAGCGCCCAUGUGCGUCUUUCUGAGCUCAACUCGGUGAACUCGUGUUUCAGUGUUUCCUAUCCGAUAUCGUUGAGCAGCGGCUUGAGCUCGGCGAUUUUCCUUCUGUCAAGGCUGAAGUCGGAUUUCCCUGCGUUUCUUCUGCUAGUAGCUGCGUUCAUUCUACAUGCUUAUGGCGCAGAGUUCAGGUAUGUUAUUUGAAAAUUGAAUAUAAAAUACAUUCUUAGAAAUCGUCUUUUUGCCGUGUUUCCGAAAUUGGCUCUGCUCGUUUCACUGUUUCUGAGCGUCUACUCUAUCGCUCUGCUGGUGACUUAUUCGAAAGAGCUUUCCUGCCUCUGGUUCAUACUCCACAUAUUCAUUGUCUUCGUGUGUCCCUACAUUCUGAUCAAGAAGCAAACGGGUAAAUGCACAAUACACGGACCUUGGGAUGAAGCCGUUCCAGCUACUUAG